AUGGCGGCACAACUUGUGUCACUACCUGAGGUCGAAAGACUCAGCCCUGCAGUUCUCCGAAUACUAGGCGGAAAUCCGGGCAAAUUCAGCUUGCAGGGUACAAAUACGUACCUCCUCGGAACGGGACCAAGGCGACUACUCAUUGACACGGGGGAGGGCAAGCCAUCGUGGAUCGCCACCUUGAAGCGCAUCCUUGCCGAGGAGAAUGCAUCCAUUGAGAGCGCCCUGCUCACGCACUGGCACCACGACCACAUAGAUGGCGUGCCCGACCUUUUGAGGAUCUCACCCAAGACGACUGUGUACAAGCGCGAUCCCCACACGGGCUGGCUGGAUAUCAAGGACGGCCAGGUGUUUGAGGUUCAGGGCGCGGCGCUCAAAGCAGUCUAUACGCCAGGCCAUGCCAUUGAUCACAUGGUCUUUGUGCUGAAAGAGGAGAACGCUCUCUUCACCGGUGAUAAUGUAUUGGGCCAGGGCACCGCUGUCUUUGAGGAUCUCGCCGCCUAUCUACAAAGUCUUGAACAAAUGGGCAAGCUGGUUUCGGGGAGAGGCUAUCCCGGACAUGGCCCGGUCCUCCCGGACGUCACGGCCAAGAUCUCCGAGUAUAUAUCUCAUAGAUAUGAGCGCGAGAAGCAAGUAUUGCUCACCCUUGAUGCGCUCAAGGAGACUGGUGAUACUUCACCGUCAGUCGCAGCAGCACAAAGCGAUGCAUGGAGUCCCAUUGAGCUGGUUAAGGUUAUUUACGCCGCGUAUCCAGAGAAUCUCCACGGCCCGGCCGUCGGCGGCGUUGUGCAGAUCCUCCAAAAGCUGCAAAAAGAAGGCAAGGUUUCGCUUGAUAAUGGCGACAGGUGGCGACUUAAGGAUAAAUCUAGUCUAUAA